GGAAGGACAAGGGAGUGGACAGCCCUGGCACAGAGCGACCCGCUCCAUGACAGACCACAGGAAUGAAAAUGGAAUAUUACCAAAGAACCUUGGAAGAGUGUCUACAGGAAUAGCUCAGUGGUGCCUACGAGAAGUGAUACGUCAAUGCUUUCAAUUUCCGGCCCACUCAGACAUGGGGAAAUGCCAGCUACAGAGAAGUGGCUAGAAUCCGGGGCAGAGCUGCAAUGAAUUUGGACAGUCACUGCCAGAGUGGGGCCAAGUCUGGUGGGAUCCAACUGGUUUCACUGAAAGACUUCCUACCCCCAUAUCCUUCCCUGCACAUCUUCAGGGAUGCCCAAGGGCUUGGGGAGAGGAUGGGGAAGUGUGAUCUGCCCGGCCAGGCACCCACAGUGCCUACACAGGAAAAUUUAGAAGGGAGCAAUGUCCACAGUCUGGCUGUGAGAAGGAAAGAGCAGCCCCUGGAGAAACGAGGAAGGAGAGAGCCCCGUCAGGGAUGCUGGGGUGAGGCCGCUACUGUGUUCCAGCCACCAACCUGGUCCAGUUGUCCCCAUGCUUGUCUAGACUGCUUCAGUGGCCUCCCUCACCCCUGUGUCUGUUCUCUACUCUGCAACCAGAGAAAGUCUAUCAAGACCUCCCCUCUUCUAUACCAAAUCUUCCAAGGUCGAAGUAGAGGCACAGUUCCUCAGCCUGCGAUUUCAGGACCUCCUGCAUCCUGGCUGUCUGGUCCCACCAGUCAUGAAGGAGACCUGUGGCUGUCACUCUGUCUCACCUGCAAGCCCAUGCACAUGGUGAUCCCUAUGCCAGUAAUACCUUCUACAAGACAGUCUAUUGGUGGCCAGAAAUCAGGACCUCUCCAUAUAACCCCUCACCUGGGUUCAGGAUCCUGAGUCUGAGGAGAGGCCUCAGAACCAACAGCAGUAGAGUGGCUGGCAUGGAUUCCUGGAAUGCAUCCCAGAGAUCAUAAAUGGGAGAUGGGGCAGGUGAGGGCCUGAGACAAUAUUUACUCACCUGUGCAUGGCUCCUAAGUGCUUCUGAAGCCAUGGAAACAUGUGGAGAGAGUGAGAUUGGGAAGGAAGGGCAUGCAUGUUGGAGUCCUAAGGGCUGACCCAGUCUAGUGCCUUCCCUGAAGCAAGGUGACCUCCAGCUGACUCUUUAAAUUCCUGGGCUUCAGGGAUGCCUGGGUAGCUCAGCAGUUGAGCUCCUGCCUUCAGCCCAGGGUGUGAUCCUGGAGUCCCAGGACUGAGUCCCACAUCGGGCUCCCUGCAUGGAGCCUGCUUCUCCCUCUGCCUAUAUCUCUGCCUCUCUCUGUGUGUGUCUCUCAUGGAUAAAUAAAUAAAAUCUUUUUUAAAAUAUUAAAAAUAAAUGAAUAAAUAAAUCCUGGGCUUCAGUCCUUGCUGCUGCCUCUUACUAGCUGUGUGACCUAAGACUAGAUAGAACCCAAUCUCCCUGUGGCUCAGUGUCUUCAUCUAUAAAACAGGCAUAAGAAUGGAAGCAACCUUGGGAUACCAGGGUGGCACAGUUGGGCAUCUAAGUCUUGGUUUUGGUUCAGGUCCUGAUCUCAGGUGCAGAGUCUGCCUGGGAUUCUCUCUCCAUUUCCCUGUGCCCCUCCUGCUCAUGCUUGCUCUCUCAAAUAAACAAAUAUUUAUAUUUAUAUAUAUUUUUUAAAAUGGCAGCAACCUUAUAGGACUGGUGUUGAUAUCAAAAGUAUUAGUGUAUGUCAAGUGCCAAAUGUAAGCUGUUACUGUCCACAGAAUUAAGGCUUUAAGGUUUUCAGGUCAACUGGUUUGAUGGGUUUUUGAAAGUUUGGACUUGUGUUAUACUUAACUUUUGGGCAUUUAAGAAAAUGUAAUAUUUAAGACUUUUUAGUGUCUUAACAUAGUGCUUUGUGGUAUACUGCGGUGUGAGCCAAAUGUUAAACGCUUGCGUAGUUAACUGUUAAACGCAUACAUGUGUGUUUAAUUGCUUACCUGUUACACAUUUAGAACUGAUCACUUAAUGCUGAAAUGAAUGGUUGUUUCAUAGCAAUUCCUAAAUUCAAAAUUAAGAAGGCACUGUGCUGGCUGAGUGGAUGCUAGUUUUCUAUUUUUAAAAUAUCUCGUAAUUGCAUCUGUUCUCUCAGCACUACAGCUACCUCUCUGGUCCAGCCCUGUGGUAACUGCCAUGGAGUCUGUUGCAGUAGCCUCCACAAGUCACCCCAUCUCCACUUUCAUCAACCUCACCUCCACCCCCACUCCCAUCUCUGAGCAUCCUUAGGAAUCAUUUAAAACUCGAACUCUGGGAUCCCUGGGUGGCUCAGCAGUUUGGUGCUUGCCUUCGGCCCAAGAGCAUGAUCCUGGAGUCUCGGGAUCGAGUCCCACAUCAGGCUCCCUGCAUGGAGCCUGCUUCUCCC